AUGAAUGGCAUACUGAAAGAUUAUAUUUUUCUAUAUACAAAGAUCCAUGGUCCGGUCUGGUCCAGUCCUGCACAGUGUGGGGGGUCGGGGUUACUUGGGGCCAGGCGCAGCAGCGGGAGGAGUCUAGUCCCGGGGAUCAGCGGAGGACUGGGGCCCGGAGCACCGCUGUUCUGCACAAGAAAGUCAGAAAAGCACCUGUUUUUCCCUGGAGCUGUCUGCACCGAGUCACAAAUGGCCCACACGUAUCCGCGCUCUGCCAAUGAGGAGUUGGUGGACAUCUUGGAGGGGACGAGGCUGAGCGGUGACCUGAGCCACGCCCUGCGGACAUUCAGCCCUCAGCCUUACAAAGACAUGACCACCAGCUCAGCCUCAGACCUGAGCAAGAAAACACUGGACUCCCAAUACCUGCAAUAUGUGUUCAAAGAGAUCUCUGCUGAGUCCAGUUUAUCCAUGGAGGAGGUUAAAGAGGAUGCUCGCUUGCUUUUGGACGAGAUGUCUCAAAAUUUACAGCUGGGUUUUAUCAGACUGAUGGGUUACACUCUGACCAAAGUGCUUAAGAGACUGUACAGCAAGAUAUACGUCAACAUGGAAGGACUUAACACGCUCCAACAGGCCGUCCGGGAGAAUCCAGUAAUCCUGAUGCCCUCUCAUAGAAGCUACAUAGACUUCCUGAUUAUUUCAUAUGUGCUUUUUACAUAUGACAUCCCAGUGCCUGUCAUUGCUGCUGGACUUCCUCUCGCUGGGAUGAAGCUGGUGGGAGAAAUACUGCGUCGGUCCGGUGCCUUCUUCAUCAGACGUUCAAUCGGUUCUGACAAGCUUUACUGGGCUGUUCUGUCUGAGUACGUGAAAACCAUUGUCAGGACUGGAUUUGCACCUCUGGAAUUCUUUGUGGAAGGUUUGAGAAGUCGCACUUUGAAGUCUGUACCACCCAAACUUGGUAUGAUGCACAUGGUGUUGGAGCCCUAUUUCAAAGGGGAGGUGUUUGACAUCACUCUAGUUCCCAUAAGCAUCAGUUAUGACAGAGUUCUGGAGGAAUCUCUGCUCGCUCAUGAGUUACUGGGCAUCCCCAAACCCAAAGAGACCACAAGGGGUCUAUUCAAGGCCACCAAAGUGCUCCAAGAAGAUUACGGCUGCAUGCAUGUGAACUUUGGUCGGCCUUUGUCGGUCAGAGAACUGUGCCAGGGCAAGAUAAACCGCUGCCAGUACAACCUCACACCGAGAGACUUGCCGCAGGUGCCCAGUGCAGACGUCCAGGCCUGUGUGAACUGGCUGGCCCACCUCAUCGUCAGGAUUCAGGAGGAAGGGUCUUGCAUAAGCCCCUGGUCUCUUAUGGCCUGUGUGUUACUCCAGUGUCCCACAUCCACACUGAAGGACAGGGGCAUGGCCUGGACUGAGCUCAAAGACUCAACUCUGUGGCUCAGAAAGUUGGCACUGCGAUUUCGGGCUCAUCUCCACUGGCCAGAAAAAGCCUCAGACCAGGAUGUGAUGUCAUCAAUGGUGGCUCUUCAUCGCUCCAUCGUUGCCCAUGAGGGAGACAGAGUGUGUUUGGUCCAGGAGGAGAGGCCUCGGAGGAAGUUUGAGCUCAGUGCAGAGGAGGAGGUGAACAGGACAGCGGCGACUGUGCUGAUGUUAGCUUCAUACAGAAAUCAGACUCUGCACGUUUUCCUUCGCCCCGCCAUGCUCGCCACCGCCGUCCAAGUCACAAACAGCACGCAGCCAGAUGAGCUGUUCACAUUUUUCUGCUUCCUGAAAGACUUGUUCUCCUCUGAGUUCAUAUUUGUGCCUGGAGAAUCCACUCAGGAUUUCGAGGAGGCGUGUUUGUUGAUGAAGGGCAGUGGAGCGGUUCAUAUGAGUCCAGAAGAAGUGACUGUGACAGAGGCGGGACAACAGAUCGUGUCCUUUCUACACUCUCUUUUGCAACCUUUCAUUCAGUCAUAUCAGGCAAUACUUGAAUUCUUCUCUGAAAAUGAAACCAAGGACAUGCCAGAAAAACAGUUGUAUCCCACGAUGCGAAGCUUUGUCAUGAAUCUCAUCCUUUCAGGUGAACUCCAAACUUACGAAGCCCUGUCUUCUGACACGCAUAAAAAUGUCCUGUCUGCAUUGUGCACUUUAAGGGUUAUGACCAAAUUGAGGGAGUCAAAAGAGAAUAAAUAUCAAGUGGACACAGCAGCUGUAAAAAGAAUCAGUGACAUUCUUUGUGGGAAAAUCUCUCCCCAGUUGCUCCACAGGACACCUCACGCAAAGCUCUAG